UGAAGGUGCGGCACCUUUGUCGAAAAAAGAGCUGUCCAGCGAAAAAUGAAGAUCGAGAUGGCACAGGACGGCGAAUACUUCAGUAUAGGAAGUAUCGUAAGCUGUACGACAUGUUAUAACCAGAAAAUACAAGGAGAAGUACUCGCUUUUGACGAAGAAACAAAAAUGCUUGCAAUCAAAUCUUUAGCUGCAAGUGCUAAACACAACAAGCAUGAUAUCCGCAUGCUGAACCUGGCUUAUGUGAGUGACCUCAAAGUCAUUCAGGAGUCUGAUGAGCCAGCCCCAGCAUUGACCAGUCUUAACUUACAGAAGAUUACAGCCCGAUUGAGGGAAAACCUGGAUGCAAAAAAACAGCAAGUGAAUUACAUUGGAAUAGGAGUAAGUGCUGAUGGACAGAAGGUGUUCAACUCCAUUGUGAAAACACUGAACGAUUCUAGAUGGGAGGGCAAGAAUAUCAUUGUGAUGGAAGAGGUGUCGAUACGCCCACCCUACAGCGUGGAAGACUGCAGGGGCAGGGAAGGACAACUGUUAAGUCACGUAAGAAAAAUAGUUCAUAAACACCAUAUAACAGAGGAAGGACAAAAAUCAGAAUCGCGCAAAUCAAUGUCCCCAUCGUCGGCCUCGCCUGUGUCUUCGUGAAGCAACCCUACCCUGAAAGGAACAAGUUCUACACCUCAACACUGCAUACCCUUAUUCUCAUACAUGAAAUAUACACUUCAGUGAGGACGUGAUAUAUUGUGUGUCUAUCUAAUUUUGACGACUAUUUUUUUUUUUAAGACACAUACAUUUAAGUAGAUUGCAAGUAAAAAGAUUGCAUACUGAUAGUAAAAUAGGGGGGGGGGGGGAACAAAGUAUAGUGAAUUAAAAUAGUCAUGAAUUUAGAAAGACAUACAAUGUUCAUUUAUUUAAUAUAUAUAUUUUUUUCUUUUUGACAAAGAAUGGUUUACCCAAAUUAGAAGAAAAUACAUGAACAUGUUAUUUCAAUAUCAGUUCUUAUUGAUCAUGAGCUGUGCAGAUUGAGUGUGCAUUUCUUUCGUACACAGCUUGACAAAGAAAUCUUGCUUCAGCCUUUUUUUGACAUGCUGAAUACAUAGUUCCAUUCUUUGUAUGCAUUAAGAAACAUAUAUCAUUGGUAAGAAAUAAUUAACUUAAGAAUUUUAGUAUCAAAACUGAAGUAAAAUCUGUACGACUGGCACCAGGUAAUGCUUACUCUUUAAAUUCCUUUGGGUAGUAUUGAAGCAUUACCUUUUUAUUUAGUGGUUGCAGACAUACAUGAACAUAUUUUUUUCUUAGGAAAAAAUAUUUAUCAAGUAAAACAUGAUAUAAAUUUCAAGGUUAUUCA